AUGCCUGUGUAUUCCAGAGUCUUCCACCUCCUGUGGCAUACACAUGUACCUCACAUGAGAGAGGCACGAGAGGCUCUCACUGUCUAUGGUUCAGGUCUCGGUGUCCUCCAUGUUUUCCCUCAAGGAGGGUCCCCGGGCACCUCAACAGGUGUUCCUUGGGAUGCUGACCCCAGCGGAGAGGACCCCCUUCCCUCGCCCGCAAAGGCCGCCGCGCCGUCUCCUCGUGUCAACGGGAGCUUCCCAGAAUCCUUUGCCCAAAGUCCUACCCCUCAUGUGUGCGAGAACCACACUCCUGCCCAUCCCGCCCAUCUCCGCACACGCUUGUGA